AACUGCCUGGAGCCCUCUCUCCGCGCCGCUGUUGGUGCUGCUGCUGCUGCUGCUGCUGCCGCCGCCGCCUCCGGCUCCUCGCUCGGCCCAUCUCCGCCUCCAUGUGCCGGAUAGUGGGAGCGCCGCGGACCCUGCUGCCGCUGCUGGCGGCCCUGCUUCAGGCAUCUGUAGAGGCUUCUGGUGAAAUCGCAUUAUGCAAGACUGGAUUUCCUGAAGAUGUUUACAGUGCAGUCUUAUCGCAGGACGUACAUGAAGGACAGCCUCUUCUCAAUGUGAAGUUUAGCAACUGCAAUGGAAAGAGAAAAGUACAGUAUGAAAGCAGCGAACCAGCAGAUUUUAAGGUGGAUGAAGAUGGCAUGGUUUAUGCUGUGAGAAGCUUUCCCCUCUCCUCGGAGCACGCCAAGUUCCUCAUAUAUGCCCGAGACAAAGACACUCAGGAAAAGUGGCAAGUAGCAGUAAAACUGAGCCUGAAGCCAACCUUACCUGAGGAUUCACUCAAGGAAUCAAAAGAAAUUGAAGAAAUAGUAUUCCCAAGACAAUUGCUUAAGCACAAUGGUCACCUGCAACGGCAGAAGCGAGACUGGGUUAUCCCACCAAUCAACUUGCCAGAAAAUUCCAGAGGACCUUUUCCUCAAGAGCUUGUCAGGAUCAGGUCUGAUAGAGAUAAAAACCUUUCCCUGCGGUAUAGCGUCACUGGGCCAGGAGCUGACCAGCCUCCAACUGGCAUCUUCAUUAUCAAUCCGAUCUCAGGUCAGCUGUCGGUAACCAAGCCUCUGGAUCGUGAGCUGAUAGCCCGGUUUCACUUGAGGGCACAUGCAGUGGAUAUUAAUGGAAAUCAAGUAGAGAACCCCAUUGACAUUGUCAUCAAUGUCAUUGAUAUGAAUGAUAACAGACCCGAGUUCUUACACCAGGUGUGGAAUGGGACAGUUCCCGAGGGAUCAAAGCCUGGAACAUAUGUGAUGACGGUCACUGCCAUCGAUGAUGAUGAUCCAAAUACCUUAAAUGGGAUGUUGAGGUACAGAAUCCUGUCCCAGGCUCCAAGCACCCCUUCGCCCAACAUGUUUACCAUCAACAAUGAGACUGGUGAUAUUAUCACUGUGGCAGCUGGACUUGAUAGAGAAAAAGUACAACAGUAUAUGUUAAUAAUUCAAGCUACAGACACAGAAGGCAGUCCCACAUACGGCCUUUCAAACACAGCUACGGCCGUCAUCACGGUGACAGAUGUCAAUGACAAUCCUCCAGAGUUUACUGCCAUGUCCUUCUACGGCGAAGUCCCUGAAAACAGGGUGGAUGUGAUAGUAGCGAAUCUCACUGUUACGGAUAAGGACCAGCCCCACACGCAGGCCUGGAAUGCAUUGUACAGAAUCAGUGGUGGGGACCCCACUGGGCGGUUUGCCAUUCAGACCGACCCGAACAGUAACGACGGCCUAGUCACCGUGGUAAAACCAAUCGACUUUGAAACAAAUAGGAUGUUUGUCCUUACUGUCGCUGCAGAAAAUCAAGUGCCAUUAGCCAAGGGUAUUCAGCACCCACCUCAGUCAACUGCAACUGUGUCUGUUACAGUUAUUGAUGUGAAUGAAAACCCUUAUUUUGCUCCAAAUCCCAAGAUCAUUCGCCAAGAAGAAGGCCUUCAUGCUGGUACCAUGUUAACAACAUUUACUGCUCAGGACCCAGAUCGAUACAUGCCGCAAAAUAUUAGAUACACAAAACUAUCUGAUCCUGCCAAUUGGCUAAAAAUAGAUCCUGUGAAUGGGCAAAUAACUACAAUUGCUGUUUUGGACAGAGAGUCACCAAAUGUGAAAAACAAUAUAUAUAAUGCUACUUUCCUUGCUUCUGACAAUGGAAUUCCUCCUAUGAGUGGAACGGGAACACUGCAGAUCUAUCUACUUGAUAUUAAUGACAAUGCCCCUCAAGUGUUACCUCAAGAGGCAGAAACUUGCGAAACUCCAGACCCCAAUUCAAUUAACAUCACAGCACUCGAUUAUGACAUUGAUCCAAAUGCUGGACCGUUUGCUUUUGAUCUUCCUUUGUCUCCAGUGGCUAUUAAGAGAAAUUGGACCAUCACUCGGCUUAAUGGUGAUUUUGCUCAGCUUAAUUUAAAGAUAAAAUUUCUUGAAGCUGGGAUAUAUGAAGUUCCAAUCAUAAUCACAGAUUCGGGUAAUCCUCCCAAAUCAAAUAUUUCCGUCCUUCGUGUGAAGGUUUGCCAGUGUGACUCCAAUGGGGACUGCACAGAUGUAGAUAGAAUUGUGGGUGCAGGGCUUGGCACAGGUGCCAUUAUUGCUAUCCUGCUUUGCAUCAUCAUCCUGCUCAUCCUCGUUCUGAUGUUUGUGGUCUGGAUGAAGCGCCGGGAUAAAGAACGCCAGGCCAAGCAACUUUUAAUUGAUCCAGAAGAUGAUGUAAGAGAUAAUAUUUUAAAAUACGAUGAAGAAGGUGGAGGAGAAGAAGACCAGGACUAUGACUUGAGCCAGCUGCAGCAGCCUGAUACUGUGGAACCUGAUGCCAUCAAGCCUGUAGGAAUCCGACGACUGGAUGAGAGACCCAUUCACGCUGAGCCCCAGUACCCAGUCCGAUCUGCAGCUCCGCACCCUGGGGACAUCGGGGAUUUCAUUAAUGAGGGCCUUAAAGCUGCUGACAACGACCCCACAGCUCCACCAUAUGACUCCCUCUUAGUCUUUGACUACGAAGGCAGUGGCUCCACCGCUGGGUCCUUGAGCUCCCUUAAUUCCUCAAGUAGCGGUGGCGAGCAGGACUAUGACUACCUGAACGACUGGGGGCCACGCUUCAAGAAACUCGCUGACAUGUAUGGUGGAGGUGAUGACUGAACUUCAGGGUGAACUCGGUUUUUGGACAAGUACAAACAAUAUCAGUGAUCCAAUACUGUUUGGAAAAACACUGAGCUCAGUUACACUUGAAUUUUACAGUACAGAAGCACUGGGAUGUUAUGUGCCUUUUUGUACCUUUUUCAGAUUGGAAUUAGUUUUAUGUUUAAGGCUUUAAUGGUACUGAUUUCUGAAAUGAUAAGUAAAAGACAAAAUAUUUUGUGGCGGGAGCAGUAAGUUAAAACAUGAUAUGCUUCAACACGCUUUUGUUACAUGGCAUUAGCUUUUAUUAAAAUACAGAAUUCAACAAACAAACAAAAACUCAUGGAGCAAUUUUAUUAUCUUGGGGGAUGAGACCAUGAGAUUGGAAAAUGUACAUUAUUUCUAGCUUUAGACUUUAGAUUUUUUUUUUUUCACUAAAAUCUUAAAACUUACGCAGCUGGUUGCAAAUAAAGGGAGUUUUCAUACCACCGAUUUGUAGCAAAAUUUGAAUUUUUUCAUAAACUAGAAUGUUAGACACAUUUGGUCUUAAUCCAUGUACACUUUUUUAUUUACUGUAUUUUUUCCACUUCACUGUAAAAAUGGUAUGUGUACAUAAUGUUUUAUUGGCAUAGUCUAUGGAGAAGUGAAGAAACUUCAAAACAUGUGUAUGUAUUAUUUGGACAAUGGAUUCAGGUUUUUUGCAUGUUUAUAUCUUUCGUUAUGGAUAAAGUAUUUACAAAGUGACAUUUGAUUCAAUUGUUGAGCUGUAGUUAGAAUACUCAAUUUUUAAUUUUUUAAUUUUUUUUAUUUUUUAUUUUAUUUUUUUUGUUUGGGGAGGGAGAAAAGUUCUUAGCACAAAUGUUUUACAUAAUUUGUACCAAAAAAAAAAAAAAGGAAAGAAAAGAAAAGGGGUAGCCUGACACUGGUGGCAUUACCAAGUGUGUGUUUUUAAAAAAAAAAUGAAGAAAAAAAAAAAAGCUUUUAAACUGGAGAGAGUUCUGACAACAGCUUUGCCUCUGUAUUGUGUACCAGAAUAUAAAUGAUACACCUCUGACCCCAGCGUUCUGAAUAAAAUGCUAAUUUUGGAUCUGG